GCGCAGCUUAAAGAGUGAAUGUAAACUGAUGAACAGCAUUAUCAGACGUCGAAUGAAACGCUGUGCCAGAUGCCAGAAGUAACCUCAGCGAUGUCGUCACCACAGCCCGAAGGAGCAGAGAUUUCCUCAGGCUGCAUUGUUGUUUCAGAGACUGCUAGUGCUGCCAAAUCACAUAAACCAGACGUGAGGAGGAGGAGAAGGGAGACUCGACCGAGCCCAUUCAAAGUACCGGAGAGUAACAGCAUUUUUCUACUGAGCAUAAAUGAAAAAGCGGACCGAAAAGAGGAGCAGCGUAAAUUCCUGGCUUUGCCAAUUGAUGAGAAGUCGACCCACGCUGCACGAAUGAUGGCCAAGAUGAAGAAAGAGCUGGUUGUGGAGGAGGAGGAGGAGGAAAAGGAGAAGAUGAAGAAUCUAAAACAAAUCAAGAGUAGGACAGUUCUCCCUAAACAAACAGCCGGCAGACAUGAGCUGAAGAUGGCCAUGAUGAAACGAGAAAACAUUACGAAAGACAGCAAACAUGACCUAAUCUCCAUGGAAAGGCAGAAGGCAGUGUUGGAGUUAUCUCUGAUGACGAAGAGGUCAGAGAUUUUGAGGAUGGACAAGGCCAUUGCAAAAGAGGAAGGGCAGCUGAAAAAGCUCGAAAAGAUCAUCGAGAGAGACAACCUCAAGUUCGAAGAGUUCCUCAGGGAGAACGAGAAGAAGUCUGUGGAGGCCAGAACAUUUUUUGAACGGGAGGCCCAGUCCAAACAGCAGAAGAACACUGAGAUCAAAAAACUGACUGCUGAAAUAGGCACCAUAAAAAGUGAACUCGCAAAGUUUGAAGACAUCCUGAUAGACUACAAGAAGUACAAGGAGCUUCUGUUCAAGUUGUCUCCUCCAGAGUGGCAGGAGGCCCAGAAGACCAAGGCUUUGAAAGCUAAAGUCCGGUCUGACGAAGACGCUCAGGACAAGCAGAACAGGGAGCCCGAGGAGUCAGGUUUGGAGAAUAAGGUUUCCAGUCCAGGUAGAGAGCUGCCUUCUAUCAGAGAGACGUCCUCAGCCCAAAGCGACACACAGAUCACAAAUUCUAAACUGGAUGGUGAUAACUCAGAAUUUGAGGAUGAGCCAGAGCUGUACUUCACCAAUCCCCAGCAGCUAUUGGAUCUGGUGACAGAGCUGACUGAGCAGAACUUGUCCCUGAUUCAGAACUCCACAAGGGUGGAAGAGACACUGGAAGACCUCCGACAGACCAUGGAGACAACCAGGAAGAAGAUUGAAAAGGACGAAGAGCAGCUAACACUGCAGAUAAACGACAUGAACCAAAGAAUCAGCAAAGAGAAAGCAAGAGGCGCCAAGCUGAAGCAGAAGGUUCAGCUCCACGUCUCAUUGAACACUGAAGACCAGGAUGUCAUGCUGGACACUCUGAGCGAGAAGGUGGCAGACGUCCAUCGCUGCUGCGUGGAUGACAGGAUGACCAACCUCAGCACCUUGGAGAAGCUGUCCGAUAUUGAGAACCAUAUGUCUUUACUGCUGCAGAGCCUUGAGAGCAUCCCUGAAGAGAGGUUAGAGAUGAUGAAGAAGAUCAAGGACAGUGAGAAGAGGAGCAGGCAGCGUGAAGAAAAGCUGAGAGAGCAGAAAGAGAAACAGAAGGAAAGGAUGAGGAGGUACUUGGAGAGAUCCCUGUCAGACUCCAAGAAAAUA